AUGGAUACGCUCACAGACAAGGAAGACUGGCACAAGAAAGUUUUCAUCGAAAGUAUUACUGAGAAGUGGCGCGAAGAGGCCAUGGCGAUACCGGAUGAAGACGUGAUGGCAGCCGCUGCUGCACCAUCAAGUGACUGGUACAGGGCAAGCCUGGUGGAUAUGGAUGCUGAGGACCGUCCUAGCACGGCAGCCACGAGAGUGAAAAGCAUCAUGUCAAGGGUGGCUUUUGACUAUUGCAUCCAAGAGUUGCAGAGCAAGGCUCGUUACUUCGAGCAGAGCGGUCUCAUACCCACUCUUGACGCAUGCGCGACUGUGAUCAAUGACGGGCAUUUGCCCAAUUGGGACCCAUCAGAUCUGCAGGAAAUGGAUAAUGUCGAGGUUGACUUUAGUCGAGAUGUGAGAUUCGAUUGGGUUGAGAACGAGCUGGAAAGGAAAUGGAGGAUCUUACGCACACCUGUGCUGAGGGACCCGGAGCCUUUUCGGGAAGCCAACUAUGACCCAUCUCGUGUCAUCGAUAGACACAACGUCUAUCGCUAUCAGCCGGGCAAUAGAAGCCAUUCGCCCAUAACUUGGGGCACGAUCCCCUUGCGUGGCCUGAGAGAGAGGUUCGAGGAACGGGGACUUCAGAUAAUCGUCAAACUGGCUUCGAUCGAGCUUACUCCUGAGAACCCCGAAUUUCCCGCCGGGAGCUGGCAUAACGAAGGCCUACUCAACGAGCGAAUUUGUGCGACUGCGCUCUACUACCUAGACAGUGACAAUAUUACCGAAAGCAGCCUGUCAUACCGCAUGCACACCUCGGCCAGCCAAUAUGUCUUCCAGGAGACCGGGGCCUCAAGCCAGGACGGACUCCACUGGCUCGAGUGUAAUUACGGGACCAAUUUCGCCGGCAGCGGCGCCUGUGUUCAAAACUACGGCAGUGUCAAGACUCCACAGGGACGGUUUCUAGCUUUCCCCAAUAUCUUCCAACAUCGCGUAUCUCCCUUCAGACUCGCUGACCCUACCAGACCUGGCCAUCAGCGAUACAUCGCGCUCUGGCUGGUCAACCCCUACCGUCGCAUCAUCUCAACUGCCAACGUCCCGCCGCAGCAGCAGGACUGGUGGACCGGAUCUGCCUUCGGGGAGACAAAAGACAGUCGGGCGUCAACAGCAGGCCAUCUGCCCCCAUAUAUUGUACAAGUACUCAGGGAGAAGGGGAUUUCACUGCCAGACAACGGCUCCAGAGCCAAACUUCCCGCGGAGCUGCUGGCCAUGGUGGACGAGGAGUUCGGUCUGUCGACUCUUAACCUCGAACAGGCGGAGGAACACCGGCUGAAGCUGAUGGAAGAGAGGACCGCACUCCACGGAGAGAUUCUGGAAACCUGGAACCAGACUACUUAUGACCUCAGCGAGCAUUAG